GUGAAAGAUAAAAGCGGAAGCACUGACUAGUUGUAAUCGAAGUGGAUAACAUGCGAAUGGCACGUCACAAGAAUGACACCGAACCUGCUUGGUUCCCUAGCCGACCCUGUUUCACUCAAAGUCUAAAAGCCUAAAUUGCCAUACCAAGUUGUUGUUACUCACAAACAAGCAAAGAACAGAACAAUAUAACCCUCUCUGACACCAAACCCUUCUACCUUCACCUUCGAAUCAUGGUGGACAGGGAUUCAAGCGAAGCACACAUGUCAAUAGCAGCUUCUUCGAUAUUCCCUGGCUUUAGGUUCUGUCCCACUGACGAGGAGUUGAUCUCUUAUUACCUCAGGAAAAAGCUGGACGGUGAUGAGGACAGUGUUCAGGUCAUUUCGGAGCUUGAGCUUUGCACAUUUGAGCCUUGGGAUUUGCCAGGAAAAUCCUUCAUUCAAUCUGACAACGAGUGGUUUUUCUUCUCGCCACGGGGGAGAAAGUAUCCCAAUGGUUCACAGAGUAAAAGGGCAACUGAAUGUGGAUAUUGGAAGGCCACAGGGAAAGAACGCGUUGUAAAGUCUGGUCAGAAUGUUAUUGGUACCAAACGCACUUUGGUAUUCCAUCUCGGUCGAGCUCCUAAAGGCGAAAGAACUGAAUGGAUUAUGCAUGAGUACUGCGUCAAUGACAAAUCUCAGGAUUCAUUGGUAAUUUGUCGGCUCAAGAGGAAUACAGAAUUCCGUGCAAGUGAUCAUUCUAACAGAACUUCACACGAUAGUGAUUGUGGAGUCUCAGAAGGAGUUACAGUUCAAGGGGACACUUAUGUGCCUAUUCAAGAUAAAGAGACUGGAUGCAGCUCCAAGAGGACUAGCAGUAGUAAUAGUUCUCCAUCUACUACUGGCCAAAUUGAAUCCAGUCAUAGAGUUGCCAAUGAAGGCAAUGAAGCCAAUCAAGCAAAUGAAGCCAAUGUAGCCAAUGAAAUCAAUCAAGUCAAUGAAGCCAUUGAAGCUAAUGUAGCCAAUAUAGCCAAGGAAGCCAAUCAAGCCAAUGAAGUCAGUGUAGCCAAUGAAGUUAAUAUAGCCAAUGAAGCCAAUCAAGUCAAUCAAGCCAAUGAAGCCAAUGUAGCCAAUCCCAGAAAUCACCCUCAGGUGAAUGAAGAAGAGGAUUGUUAUGCAGAGAUCCUAAAUGAUGAUAUCAUCAAGUUAGAUGAAUCAACACUCUCACGGCCAUCGCCACCACAAGGGACAGCAAACAGGAGAAUCAGGCUAAGGGUUCCCAAAUCAACAGUUCCCAAAUCAAGGGUUCCCAAAUCAAGGGUUCCAACGGGAAAUGGUUGUCAAUGUUCCAAGCAAUCAUCAAACAAAAUUAACACCUUCCUGUCAUACCCUUUGGUGGUCUUCACUUUCUUCGUUUUCACUUUGUUAGCUCUAGGCUUCUUUUUUAUUAGGAGGUCCCAAACUACUGCCCAAUAUUCUCAAGACCUCUCUAGAGUUUAAUUAUGACUAUUAAUUAAUUAGUGUUUAGCGUUGCAUAGCCUUUGGAUCAAUGUUACGUUGUAUACAAAAUUACAAACAAAUGAUGCACUCUUCAUAGUAAAAUAGUAAGGAUAAGGAUUAUAUUAUUCGUUACA